AAAUAUAAGCUCUGCCAAACAUUUGCGAAACCCCACCCUCUCACAGACACUGUGGAAACUGAGAGCAUCCAAAUUUCAGACACACAUUUUCAACCCUCUGAAAAUGCAUGCAAAAACUGAUUCUGAAGACACCAGCUUGGCCCCUUCAUCCCCAGAUCACAAUCGUCGCCCAGUGUACUACGUGCAGAGCCCAUCAAGGGACUCGCACGAUGGAGAGAAGACAACGACGUCGUUCCAUUCCACUCCAGUGCUGGGCAGCCCAAUUGGGUCCCCUCCUCACUCCCACUCCUCCGUGGGCCGCCACUCGCGGGAAUCAUCCACCAGCCGCUUCUCCGGCUCGCUGAAGCCCGGAUCGAGGAAGAUUUUGCCCAACGAAGCCGGAUCUGGGACCGGAGGAAGGGGGCAGAGGAAAGGGCAGAAGAAUUGGAAAGAGAUUGAUGUGAUUGAAGAAGAAGGACUACUUGAAGAUGAAGAAUCAAGGAAGGGUUUGCCCAGGAGAUGCUAUUUUCUAGCAUUUGUUGUGGGUUUCUUCGUGCUGUUUUCAUUCUUUGCUUUGGUUUUGUGGGGUGCUAGUAAACCUCAAAAGCCCAAGAUCACCAUGAAGAGCAUUACAUUCGAAAGAUUCGGGGUUCAAGCUGGUUCGGAUAAUACUGGAGUUUCAACUGAUAUGAUGUCCAUGAAUGCCACCGUGAAAUUCACUUUCCGAAACACUGCUACAUUUUUCGGAGUCCAUGUUACAUCGACUCCUCUAGCUGUCUCCUACUCCCAGCUUAACAUUGGCAAUGGAGAUAUGAAGAAAUUCUAUCAAUCAAGAAAGAGUCAAAGAAACGUAGUGGUGUCCGUGGUUGGUGACAAGAUUCCGAUGUAUGGAAGUGGAGCUAGUUUGAGCAUGCCAACAGGGACAGCCACGCUCAAGGUGCCAUUGAAAUUGGAGUUCACCGUUCGAUCAAAAGCUUAUGUUUUGGGCAAAUUAGUGAAGCCGAAGUUCUACAAGAAGAUCGAAUGUUCAAUUGUGAUUGAUCCCAAGAAACUUAAUGUUCCAACCUCUCUAAAGAAUUCGUGUACAUACGACUGAUGAUGGAGCACAAUAAGCUAAGGGUUUUGUCUCUUUUUCUUUAUUUCGUUGAAAAGGAUGAAUGGACAGCUAAGAUGGCGGAUUCGGGCCACGGUUUUUGUGACUUAUUUGGUUUCCCAGUUGGGGAAAAGAACAUACAGGCUUGAUCGUGGCUGACUUGCAACUAUUGAUAAUUAUUUAGAACUAUUAUAAAGAAUAUGGAGUGAGAGACAACAAGAAAGUCAUAUUUUGAUGUAUUUUUUUUAUGCAUGAUAACUCUGUGUGAAUUGGGAGAAUAAUUUUUAUUUAUUAUUGCGGCAUUGGAUUAUUUUGAAAAUGAUGCGUAUGACUAAAUAUGUUCCUGAGCUA